CGGCAGCAGAGCCCCAUGUGGAAGCUUCCCAGAGGCAGAUCUGCCCUCAGCAAAUCUGCCCAGGCCAUCCAGCGCUACUAUGACAGCCAAGUUCCAAAGGAAGAUGCUCUUGGGCAGCCAGGAGAACAAGCUGCUCUGAACUUCCCAUCCUCUGCUUGGCCCUGGUGGAUUCACAGCAUUAUCCCACACACCUGACUCCAGGUGUCUACUAUCACAGAGCACACUCUAAAUGAGGUGCCUCCAUUUCCUCCUGUUUGCCAGGCUGAUAUCAGAGCCAUUGGCUCCUUCGAAUCGGAGUACAAGCCCCAGAUGGAGGAGCUGCAAAGAUCCUUUCUGUUGCGCCCAGGAUGUCCCAGGCUUUGUAAUAAAGCAACUUCUACGUCCCAGCUUGAAAGCAACUUACCAGAGAUCGACAUCUCUAAUAGGUCUAGCACAUCGAGUUCCAGUUGUCUGUCCCCCCAACUCAGCUUUGAAGAAUGGAAGUCUGCUUUUCAGAACACACAGCUGCCAGCCAACACUGACCCAGUCCUACAGCCUAAAUGGAAGAAUUUCUCAGGAGUACCUCCAGUUAUACAGCUGGAAGAGCCCUCCAGCAGUAACGUCCCCUGGUACAUUGAUGUAAUCCGCGAGAAGGAAGAGUGCCUGCUGAUGCUGGAGGAAGAGGUUAAUCAUCUUUCCGAGUGUGAGGCAGAAUGUGCCAGGAAGGACAGUGUGAUCUCUGACCUCGGGGAGGAGGUGGAGAGCCUAACAAAGCAGCUGGAUAUGCUUAGGCAGAGCAGCAUCCUGGGAGCACAGACAGAUGCAGCUGCACCACCUGUACUCAGGGGCAUCAGGUCGCAAAAGCUCAGGUUGAGUAGCACAGUGCAGGGCAGCUUUGCCCCAAGCAAUCUGACAGAAGAAGUGGCAUGCUUGCAAAUCAAACUGAACCAUUCUGACAGGUUGCUGGGCUCCAAGAUCUCCAGCUUAUCCCAGGCCCUGAUGAAAGACCGUGAGGAACUGCAGCAGCUGGAAAAGGAGUAUUCAGAAAUGCAGGAAAAUGGUUUGAGACAGGAAGCCAGUGAGGAAGAGAUUUCAGGUGAGAUGGAGGGGGAAGAGGCUCUGGAAGAGGAGGUGGAACUGGAGGGAGAGGUGGAGGCUGAGGAUGAGGCUGCAGCAGAGGAGCAGGAAGCCCUGACCAAGCUCCAAGAAUUGCAGAGAGUGAAUCGGGAGCUCCGUGAGGAGCUGGAGAAAGUGAAAACUGCCUACGACAUGGCCACAGGUGCUGUCUCUUCCUUGCAAAGGCAGCUGGAUUUCCAGCAAUCCCAGCUGUGCAAAGUGGAGUCCGAGAAGGCAAUGCUACAGAAGGAACUCAGAGAGCGAGGAGCCCAGCUCCAAGCCAUGUCUGCAAAGUUUUCUAGCUUGCGAGAGGAACGAAAGCAUGAGGAACUGAUGGGAACAAUAGAACAAGAGAACUACAAACUUCGACAGGACAUGGAGGAGCACGACUCCCGUCUGGCCAAGAACACCAGGCUGCUGGAGGAGCUGCAGGGCACAGUCAGCCAGCUCCAGGCUGAGCUUGCUGUGAGCCAGCAUCACUUACAGCAGCAGCAGGGCAAGCGGCAAGAAGCGCAGAGCCAUGUGGAGGCCCUGCAGCGUGCAGAGCAGCAGACCCGGGUGGCGCUGGAGUGCAUGCAUGCCAGGUUUGAAAGGUUUCGAAGCAAAAUCAUUCAGGCUACACACAGCACAGCUGGCAGCAAGUCCCCUCAGGCUGAGAUUGGGGAUGAGGAGGUGCUAGAAGUCCUACAGAGGAUCAUCAUGGAGCGGCUGGAGUUCCACCACAUGCUGAGGCAGAAAGGAAUGAAGGUCCCAUCUCUGCACAACACUGACCUGGCAACGUCACCCAUUCUCAAUUCCAAGUCUAACAGAAAGAGCCCUGUGAAAUAGGCCCCAUAAGCACCUGAGAGGUGGUCUGUGCCACCACAUCCAGACAAGGCGGUGCUGCCACCUCAGGCUCUUUCCUGCUGCCUUGUUCUUGGUGCGUGGAGGCUGUUUUUAAUUUUUUUUCUUUUUUUACUGAUACAUUAAAUGUCUGAAUUGGA